CCUCCCUGCAGCAGGCGAGCCUGUGCUGAGAGGCUGUCAGAAACGCACGUUCAGCGUCACACGCAGCACCUAGUGAUACUGGCAGAGACGAGCGUGGAUUAAAGCUGCUGCUCUACCCAUCCGGUAUCAGGUGUGACUCAGGACAAAGAAGCAGAAGCCUGAAAGGAAGUUUUCAGGGUUGCAAGCACAUCAUCUGCUGGCCUGGAAAGAUGAUGGAGAGCGCAGGAGGACCAUAUCUGAACACGGCCGUGAUGACAUCCCCGGUGGGAAUAGCUCGUUUACUGCAGAUGACAUUUGGAUGCACCACGUUCAGCCUGGUAGCCCACCAAGGGGGAUUCAGUGCAGCCUAUGGCACUUUCUGCAUGUUUGUCUGGACCUUCUGUUUUGCCAUCACUGUCUUUAUCAUAACCUGCGAAUUCACGCACCUGCAUAGCUGCCUGCGCAUUUCCUGGGGAAACUUCACUGCUGCUUUCGCCAUGCUGGCCACGCUCAUGUCCGUCACGGCGGCGGUGAUCUACCCGCUCUAUUUUGUCCAGCUCAGUUGUUAUCCUAUUGGCUGUGAGGUGAGGGAUUUUCGCAUAGCAGCCAGCGUCUUUGCAGGCCUCCUGUUUGUUGCAUAUGCUGUGGAGGUGUUCUUAACCAGGGCAAAGCCAGGACAAGUCACCAGCUACAUGGCCACAGUCUCUGGCCUCCUGAAAAUUGUGCAGGCCUUUGUGGCUUGCAUCAUCUUUGGGGCGCUGGUGAACGACAGCCAGUACAGCAAGUACGUGGCGACGCAGUGGUGCGUGGCUGUCUUCAGCUUUUGCUUUGUGAUGACGGUGGUGGUGGUCGCCUUCAGCGUUACAGGUAAGACAGCCACGCUGUGGUUUCCUUUUGAGCGGUCUGUGGUGGUUUACACCUUUGUGGCCGUCCUGCUGUACGUGAGCGCGGCGGUCAUCUGGCCAGUGUUCUGCUUUGACAGCAAGUAUGGCUCCCCGCAGCGCCCCGCGCUCUGCGCCAAGGGCAGGUGCCCCUGGGACAGCCAGCUGGUGAUUGCCGUCUUCACCUAUGUGAACCUGCUGCUCUACGUUGUGGACCUGGCCUACUCUCAGCGCAUCCGCUUUGUCUCCCACCUGUGAACUCAGGUCUGCUGCCGCAAAGCCACCCGAGCUCCAUGAACUAAAGUGGUUAGGGACACAGCAAGAGCAGGGCUGCAGUGAAGGGGGGAUGCUGACCAGGCACGCAAGUAAGGAACGUGAACCAAACUUCAAGGUUAAGACUGGACCAGCAAAUGAACAACCUGUAGUGUGGGGAGGCUGCAGAUAAUCCUGGAAAAACAACCCACCUCCCCGAUCAUUCAACAUCUGCUUCAGCCACCUGGUGCCAAGCAAAGAAAUUAUGCAGUUCAAAGUGUGCAAAAUGGCCUUUCAUCUCCAGAAGGCAGACGUGCUUGCUGCAGCAGUGGGUCUGCAGGAUACUGGAUCACUGAGCCAAAUAUUAAGCAAAGACAUGAAGGAUUUUGAAACUGUUACCAACACUGAACUACAAUCAAGUGAUUACCCAGGAAGUGGGAAAACUAAAAGCUGUAUCAAGGAACACCAGUUCCAGGGAUGAAAAAUGAUCCUUCAACAGUUUGGGUUAGUUUGUACUAUGUGGUGAGACAUGAAAUGCUUGCAAGUGUUGGAAAUCAUAGUCAGGAUGUUUCUGAGAAGAACAUCAUAGCUGUAAUAUUAUUUUGAAGAUUAACAGUCCUUCCCCUUCCUCUCCUCCUCCUUUGUUGCUUAGUACAGAGAAACAAUAUCCUCAAGCAUGUACCUUGGUGGGAAGUAUGGGAUAUUCCUGUUCAGCAAACAUUGAGUCAUUACAGAAAUUAAAUUAUAUGAAACUGGAGUUGUACUGCCAAGAAACAGGCCACAGAAUGGAACCAAACUGCAAAAUAAUCACGUGUCAUUUGAAAUCCUCACUCAAGCAGGACCUGAAGGUAGCUUGGCAUGUGCUCUUUCUCGAUUCCUACACCACUGUUUCUUUAUACUGAUGUCAAGUUGUUUUUUUUGUUUUUUUUUUUUUUAAAGUUUAAAGUGAAAAUGAGUUCUGGUGGGGAGAAGGGAAGGGGAUGCAAAAUGAAUUGAUCUCACAGCUCUGCAUAAAAGACCAAACUUGCCGGGGGAAAAAAAAAAACUUGCAUAUCACGGUAACCAAUUGAGAGCACUGCCUCAGACCAGAUCAGGUUCUAGUAUUCCCGAACUUUUUGCGUCAGCAACCAGCUGCAUUUCUCUGACCCAUCCCUGACAAAACACCCACUUUGAAGUCCUACAUAGCAUGGCUCAGAUUUCAAGCUUAAUAGGAAAAACUGUUCUUCAUUUCUGAUCCAGCAAGAAACCAAAGCAGUCUGAGUACUUGUGCAGAAAGCAUGCCGACUGGAUAGGUUUAAUUAAACUCUAGAAUUAGCUGAAGCAAGUCAGAAGCAAGAUUUAUUUUUUAACCAAUUUAAAAUUAGGCUGAAUGGCAGACUUGCAUACUGCAACUCCAGAGAUUUGUAUACUUUCAUCUUGUCCCCCACACAGCUUUUAUUUCAGUAGCCAUAGCCCUUCUGCUUUCUGCCAGAAAGCACAGCUCCAUUUAUUUUUCAUUUUAUGAAGCCUGAAUGUAGCCCUAAAAAAAAAAAAGUGUAUAGCCAAGACCUCGGACUACUGUUCUUUGUAGCAGAGUCACUUAGGAAAAAGGAAGGAAAUGUAUCUCUCAUCAUGGUUUCCUGUGGGCUUUGAAAAGCAGAGGAAAAAUGUAUGUUGGAUACUUCUGCUACUCUCUGGGUUAGAAGCAGCCUUUAGAGAUGGGCCUUAUUAGCCCAUGAGACAGGGAAGAAUCAGUAUCUAUGUGAAAGGGAAUGCACAAAACACCCUUCCAGGAGAUUUUUCUCUUCCACAAGUUCCUAUUAAGGGCAGGAAGUUCAGAAGAUAACGGUCCAACAAGAAGCUGGCCAGCUUGUUCCAGGACAAGACCAAGAUUAUUUGGUGUAGGUAUACAACUCUCUAGUACCUUGUUUUAUUUCUCACACCCUAAGCCCAAAAAUAUUAAGGGACUGUAUAAAUAAGAAAUUCUAGGUUUGGAAGAUAAAUUCAUUUGUAUUAGAGUAGGCAUUGCACAAAUAGAGUCGUCGCACACCUAAGAAAUUUUGAAUGUUUAUGAUUUAUCCUUUUUUAAACCUGUCAACCUGGAUAAAUUAAGCUGUGUAACACUUGGAAAUUAUUUAUUUUUUUGUUAAGUGCUGAAAAUAAAGCAGGUGACUGUGAA